CUCCACCCUUUCUUCUCAGCUGCUACACAGAAACCACAUUGAGCAGCCUUCUAUUGCAAGACAAUGGCUCAUACAAAUAUGUAGCACUUUCUCUUCCUUUGCUCUUUAAGCACUUUCACUCUUCUUCCACUUUUUUUCUCCUGCAAGGCACCUUUUCAUGUUACAAAAUUAAGCUCAAAAGGGAAGAGAGAAUCUGUUUUUUCUUAGAGUUUCAGGUCUUAACUGAUGAAAAUCAGACCGAAAUUCCGGUGAAUUUUUGGAUUCAUUGCUUGUAUGUCACAGUGAGUGACGUCCUAGAAUCGGCUCGGACCAAAAUUUUCUUUAUUUAAUUUUGCUUUCUAAUGUUGCCAAGGAUGAUUCCCAGAUAUAAUCCAAAUGACAGUGAAUAUGGUUUGAAGCUUCUUGAGGACCUGACAACAAAUGCAUAUGAAGUACAGCAGCGGGUGUUGGAAGAGAUAAUAGUGAAAAAUGCCCAGACCGAAUAUCUGAAGGGCUUUCUCAAUGGCCACCAUGACAAGAAGGAUUUCAAGAACAAAGUUCCUGUUGUGAAUUAUGAAGAUGUCAAGCCUUACAUCGAGCGAAUUGCCAAUGGAGAGACGUCUGAGAUCAUCUCGGCUCAAAAAAUCACUGAGCUCCUCACCAGCUCGGGAACUUCGGGAGGACAGCCGAAGAUGAUGCCUUCAACCGUUGAAGACUUGGACAGGAAGACAUUCUUUUAUAAUCUCCUUGUGCCUGUGAUGAACAAGUAUGUGGAUGGCUUGGACCAAGGGAAAGGAAUGUACCUCUUGUUUAUCAAACCGGAAAUUAGUACUCCUUCCGGAUUAGUGGCAAGGCCUGUCCUGACCAGCUACUACAAGAGCAGUAACUUCCGCAACCGGCCUUUCAACCGGUUUAACAUCUACACAAGCCCGGAUGAGACCAUCUUGUGCUCAGACAGCAAGCAGAGUAUGUACUGCCAGUUACUCUGUGGUUUAGUACAGAGGGAUGAGGUCCUGAGGGUCGGUGCAGUUUUUGCGUCCGCCUUCCUCCGGGCCAUCAAAUUCUUAGAGGACCACUGGGAGGAGUUGUGCUCAAACAUAAGCUCAGGUAUUGUCAGUGCCUGGAUCACCGACUCCAGUUGUCGAAACGCGGUGUCUUUAGUCCUUAGCAAACCGAAUCCAGAUUUGGGCGAUUUGAUCAGGCACGAAUUUAGUAACAAGUCAAUGGAAGGGAUAGUUAAGAGGCUUUGGCCAAGAACAAAGUACAUUGAUGUUAUAGUCACAGGGUCCAUGGCUCAGUAUAUCCCAACUCUUGAAUUCUAUUCUGGUGGACUGCCUUUGAUUUCAACAAUGUAUGCUUCUUCUGAAUGCUAUUUCGGGAUCAAUUUCAACCCGCUAAGCAAGCCGCAUGAUGUUGCUUACACCCUCCUUCCGAACAUGGCCUACUUCGAGUUCCUACCCGUGGAGAAACACCACGAAGAGGUAGCCCCGUGCAACGGUGUUUCUGGUCAAGAUUGCGCAAACGCAGAUGAGGAGGAAAAUUUAAGAACGGUUGAUCUAGUGGAUGUGAAGCUUGGUCACUAUUAUGAACUUGUUGUCACAACUUUUACAGGGCUAUACAGGUACAGAGUUGGUGACAUUCUAAUGGUGACUGGCUUCCACAACAAAGCUCCUCAGUUCAGAUUCAUGCACAGGAGAAAUGUGGUUCUGAGCAUCGACACGGACAAAACCAAUGAAGAAGACCUUCUAAACGCCGUCACGCAAGCAAAGCUCCUGCUCGAGCCCCUCGGCUUCCUCCUCAUCGAGUACACCAGCUACGCGGACACCUCCUCAAUCCCAGGCCACUAUGUGCUGUUCUGGGAGCUCAAGACCAAAGAAAACAACGACACGAUAGAACUGGAGACCAUCAUUAUGGAGCAAUGCUGCUCCACAGUGGAACAAUCCCUGGACUCGGUGUACCGGAGGUGCAGGAGGAAGGACAAUUCCAUAGGACCACUGGAGAUCCGGAUUGUGCAGCAUGGGACUUUUGAUGCACUCAUGGAUUUCUCUGUGUCCCAGGGAUCUUCUGUGAACCAGUACAAAACUCCCAGGUGCAUCCAGUCAGAGGAGGCCAUUAGGAUUCUGGAUUCCAGGGUGGUGGGAAGAUUCUUCAGUAAAUCAACUCCUCUAUGGGAGCCAUUUAGAAUAGAGACUCAAUAAUUUGACUGACAAACAAAAACAUGGUGAAUUUUGGCAUUUCCCUGGAUUUGACUGACAUAAACAAAAACAUGGCCACUCCGGGUUUGAUUCAUUUCCCUGGAAAUGUUAACUGAGAACCCAAUUUCAUGGUUUGAUUUGUAAAAGUUCUUGUCCUAUAUAUUCUGUGAUUUCCCUCUCAUUGUGUAUGUUGGAUUUGGAUUAAAAUUUAGACUACAUUUUAGAAA